AUCGAGCAUCUAUUCGUCUCUCUGUACGUACACGCGUAUAAUCAGGACUCUAACGUCUUAACGCCCUAACGCCCUAACACGGUUACGAUCCGAGCGUCUACGCGUAAAACGCUGCUCGCGCGAAUCUUACGCUUAGCGACGUAAACGUACGCAUUUUCUAUAAAACCAAUCAUCAUGCACGCACGCAACACGCAUUUUCACGUAGCAUUGUCAUUGUACCAAAAGCGAAUACUUUUUGUAAAUAAACAAUAUGCUAACGUUGGUACUCUGCUGGUAAUCCUUGCUCCAAGGAUUUCUAUUUUCUAUGUAAACCAUGCUAAACCAUGCUAAACCAUGUUAUUGAUCAUCUAGAUCGCGAGUAAUCGACCUUACCGUUCUGGCUCUUCUUCUUUACAAACCGGUACAUAACUUCGAAUCAUCGGUUUCGGUUUUCAUUGUUCAUUAAAUUGGCCGCCAGUUCGUUUUCUCCUUUAUUAUGUAUACCUUUCCCUUCUUUCUUAUUCACGCGUAUCUGUACGCGUCAAUCAACCUAGCUCACUCUUGCACGCGGGUAUCGGUAUGUAUACGCAUUUAAGUACGAAUUAUCCAAGCUGAUAGGACUUAAUCUAUACAACCAUAUAAUUUUUACUGUUUUUUUUUUUUCGUUAACGGCGUGUAUCGCGGCUAUGCCGAGAGCGCACGUUUCGAAUUAACCGCUAGUUUCUAUCUCUACGAUUGGCUAGACCGGGAGCUGAAACGCUCGAAACGUGAUUGGUUAAAAAUCUCGGCAUUAUACUCUUUGCUCGUCCGCUACAUCGAAACGACUGGUACAUAGUAGAGUUUUCGAAGGUCGUCGAUCAUUUCGUUAAACAUUUAACGAGAAAUGAUUCGGAGCGAGAGAAGCUCGUGAAAAUAAUAGUUCGAAGGAGGGUAUAAAUCGAACGAGUAACUCGACGAUUCGUUGGUCGACUAAUUGCGCGAGGUCGUGAUAUAUCGAAGUACAGUAAGCGCCAAAACGUAGCCAAGCUUGUUUCGUAAGAGUUCGCCUACCGACCUUCGUUUUCCCAGUACCGUUCCGCGUUUCUCGACCCAUUCGUUGCCAAGAUAAAAUCUAAAGUCACGAACCAGAGUGCAGCGAAGCGGCCUGCACGCGUUAAUAACGAUCAAUCGUCCGAGUAACUCGAUCGACCGAAACUGUCUGGACACUCUACGAUAUUAAACGUACAAUUCACGGCCUACAAUGUUUUCGUCUGUUGCUAGCAAAAUUGUUCGUCGUUCGUUUUCCACUUCAAAAUGGACUUCCGCACAACAGAUGACUGUCCGAGACGCUUUAAACUCGGCUCUGGACGAAGAAAUGGAAAGAGACGAAAAAGUGUUUUUACUCGGCGAAGAAGUGGCACUUUACGACGGAGCGUACAAAGUUUCUAGAGGUCUAUGGAAAAAAUACGGAGACAAACGCGUGAUCGAUACUCCCAUCACGGAAGCUGGAUUUGCCGGUAUAGCCGUUGGAGCUGCUAUGGCUGGCCUACGUCCUAUUUGCGAGUUCAUGACAUUCAAUUUCGCCAUGCAAGCGAUCGACCAGAUCAUCAAUUCCGCAGCAAAAACGUUUUACAUGUCUGCUGGACAAGUAAACGUACCGAUCGUGUUUCGUGGUCCGAACGGAGCAGCGGCUGGCGUGGCCGCGCAACACUCUCAAUGUUUCGGUGCUUGGUACAGUCAUUGUCCCGGUUUGAAAGUGGUAUCCCCUUAUAACAGCGAAGAUGCCAAAGGAUUGUUGAAAGCCGCGAUUCGAGAUCCCGAUCCAGUGGUCGUAUUGGAGAACGAAAUUUUGUACGGUGUUCAAUAUCCUAUGUCGGACGAGGCUUUAUCGAAAGACUUUGUUCUGCCGAUCGGCAAAGCGAAAAUCGAACGCGUCGGCAAACACGUUACCUUGGUAGCUCAUUCGAAGGCGGUCGAGCAAGCUUUGGAAGCAGCGAACGAACUCGCGGGGAAAGGGAUCGAGGCAGAAGUGAUAAAUCUUCGAUCUUUGAGGCCGCUCGACACCGACACGAUCGCGCAAUCGGUGGCCAAGACAAAUCACCUUAUAACCGUUGAACAAGGUUGGCCGUCUUCCGGAAUCGGAGCAGAGAUUAGCGCUAGAAUUUCCGAGAGCGAAGCGUUCUAUCACCUCGAUGCACCGGUGAUGCGUGUCACGGGCGUCGACACUCCCAUGCCUUACGCCAAGUCGUUGGAAGCCGCGGCGCUACCGCGAAUGAGCGAUAUCGUGUUGGCCGUGAACAGAGUACUGGGCACGUCUCAGUAACCAGCCAUUAAAGUACAAAUCGUUAGGUAAAAUUACAAUCUCCCCUUGAUCCUUUUGCCCUCUUCCGUCGUACGGCCUCUCUUAGCUAUCUCGUUGAUCGAAGAAUAACUACGAAGGCUUAACGAUCAUAGGAUAAGUAGUAGAAAAUUGUUUGGUAGUCGAGCCAUACCGUGAUUCACGGAACAUACGCGUACGCGGAAAACAAUGUGUUCGUUCGAGUUAGCAAGUGUGCGCGUACGCGCGUGCGUGUGUGUAGCCAUGAUCGUGACCAUACAACGAUCGGAUCGAAUCGUUCGAAUACCUUGAUCCAAGAGAAAUCGAUAACGACGCGAAUCAACGAUGUUAUUUUAGGUACGAACUUUGAUCGUUGCAUCCCUCGCGGAUCGGCGACGCAACGCUUUCGUUAUCUUUCUCGCUCGAAAAUUUUUAACGAUACUGGAAGACGCUACGCUAGGCUACGUAUAAGUGACUGAAACGAUAAAAUUGUAAAUUAUAGCCGUAUUCGAGAUAAGCGAAUAAAUACGCUGCAUUUGUUUACUAAUUAUUUAUUGUGGCAAGUUAAUAAAUUGAAUCGGCAUA